CCGCUGUUCCUGGCUGAGUCUCCCUGGCUGACGUCAGCUGACUGCCUCUGCUCUCCGCUCCUCCGGACACAGCGCCGCGUAAAAAUGCUGCUCUCUGUGCCGCCAAGGACAGGAUUCAACCCAUACAACGGCUACACCGGCAAAAACACCAUCAAGAAGCAGACGUAUGUGUCCCCCUCAAACCAUCAGAUGGCUCCUCCAAGCCCCAACAACAGCAACAACGGCCACACCAUCAGCAAUGGCAGCAGCAGUGGAGGAGAGCAGCUGAGCAAAACAAACCUGUACAUCCGUGGCCUCCACCCAGGGACCACAGACCAGGAUCUGGUCAAACUCUGUCAGCCGUACGGGAAAAUAGUGUCCACCAAGGCCAUCCUGGACAAGACAACCAACAAGUGCAAAGGCUAUGGCUUUGUUGAUUUUGACAGCCCGGCUUCAGCUCAGAAGGCAGUGACUGCACUGAAGGCAGGUGGCGUACAGGCUCAGAUGGCGAAGCAACAGGAGCAGGACCCCACCAACCUGUACAUCUCCAACCUGCCAAUGUCCAUGGAUGAGCAGGAGCUGGAGAACAUGCUGAAGCCCUUCAGCCAGGCCAUUUCCACACGCAUCCUCCGUGACGCCAACGGCACCAGCAGAGGAGUUGGCUUUGCCAGGAUGGAGUCAACAGAGAAAUGUGAGGCCAUCAUACAACAUUUCAAUGGGAAAUACAUCAAGACUCCACCGGGAGUUCCAGUGCCAUCAGAACCCUUGUUGUGUAAAUUUGCUGAUGGAGGCCAGAAGAAGCGCCAGAGCCAAGGAAAAUAUCUGCAGAAUGGCCGAAUCUGGACCAGAGAUGGAGAGACUGGUGGAAUGACCCUCACCUAUGAUCCCACCACAGCCUUACAGAAUGGGUUAGUGCCUCCCAACAUUGUAUCUGCAGUGAAUUGGUGUGAGUUUGUGGUUACUAAUAACUUUAUUGUGUCUCACUGCAGGUUUUAUUCCUCCCCGUACAGCAUUGCCCCCAAUCGGAUGAUCGGACCAACCUCCCUCUCCCCAUACAUGCAUUCACCUGUGUCCACUUACCAGGUACACAAUCCGUCCUGGAUGCAUCACCAGUCGUACAUCAUGCCGCCCACAGGAGCAGUCCUGACACCAGGAAUGGACCACACCAUGUCCAUGCAGCCGACUUCGAUGAUGGGGCCCCUGACACAGCAGCUCAGCCACCUCUCCAUGGGCAGCAGUGGCGCGUAUAUGCCUGCUAACACAUCUAUGCAGGGGACCUACAUCCCCCAGUACACCCAAGUGCCUGCCACCAACAUGUCAGUUGAGGAAAGUACUGUCCAACAAUCUGUUGCUAUAGAGACACCGACAGAACACACAAGCUACUCCUACCAGCAUAACAAGUGAAGAUGUGGCCGAGAUCUUCCUCUGUCGCUGCAGUGUCUCUCAUUUUGUCACAGCGACUCUGCAUGUAAGGCGCCAGGCACUCGGGAGGAAUAUGGACUGUUGGACACAGACAAGGACAAAAAAAAAAAUUAAGAAGACAUUUUCUACAAACUCAUCUUUUAAAACAAACUCUUUACUCCAAACAAGCAAAGCUGGAGGAUGGCAGGCAAGGGGGAAACAGGAGGAACAGAAGAGGAAAGACCUGUUUUGAAAACAGUCAAGAAAGAAAUGUUACUCACUCAUGUAGAAAAGUUUUUUUUUUUUUUAAAUGUUACUCUCAUGCUUUCCCAGUACAACUCCGGGGAACUAGAGUGAAACGAGGAAAAGAACAUUUCAUCACCAUGUUUUUAUUUUGAGUCAUGUUUUUUGUUUUUGUUUUUUUAAAUCAUGUUUUGUUGACCUUUUAUAAGAUGUUCUGAUUUGACUUCUCUUUUUCCAGUCUGAUACUUUCAGGCUUUAAACCUGCCUUUUUGUACAUAACAGUUGAUUUUGUGCGUGUGUGUGUGUGUGUGUGUGUGUUAGCUUAACAUGUUCUACUAUCUGAAUUCAGAAGGCUGGAAAAAAACGAACAAAAAAACAACCAACACAACAAAAGAAAAGAGCCAAUGACAUGUUUUAAACACAUAUGGUGCUGAUGUUUUUCAGGUAUGAAACCUCACCUGAAGGGGUCUCACAUGUUUUUUUUGGCUCUUUGACUCUCAAAUAAUUUAUAGUCUCAACAAUCUUGGAAAAAAUGAAAGCUUCAGACAAUCAGAAGAACUACGUAGGAAGAGAAAAUUCAGAGAAGAUGUUGACUCGGUUAAAUAGAGCUAAAUAGAUUUAAGGCAUUCCUGUUGCUUCACUUGCAGUUGCUUCACUUGAUGAACUCCAAAGUUGCCUGACAGGGAUCACAUCUCACACAGAGCUGCGUGUAAAUAAGAGAUUUAAAUUUAUUUAGGCUUUCAUUUGAUUUUCUUUCAUCGGUGUAGUAAUCCUUCAGUUAUUUUAACAACAAUACACAAUAUUGGCUCAAAAAAGCAAUCUACGUGUCAGCUGAAUCCUUACUGCAUGUUUUGUCUAAAGGAAGUAUACGUUGUUAUCAAAGUGUGAAGUUUUUGUUACACAGACGUGAAAAUCAAGUGGUAAAGCUCGGCUCUGACCUGUUACAGCUACGUGAAUCACUACAAAGUUGGAUUAUUAUGGAGUGGAGAGACGCCAGUGGAUUACCGGCCAUUGCUGUGUGUUUGCAUCUGCUUCUGGAUUUCUGAUUUCACACCCAUUUCUUUUCUUCUUUUUGUUUUUUUUACAUUUUUUUUUAUUUUAUUUAAAUUCAGUUUUAAUACUUUAAUACUCAAAUUUUAUUUUAUUUUUGAUAAUGUGUUGUGUGCUUCCAAUAGUGAGAAAUGUUAUAAAAUAGUGAUUUGUUUCUGUUCUUGUUUUGGUUUCAGUGUUUUUGUUUUUUUUUCAUUUCAGUUUUUGUGUCACGAGUGUUGGCACUUUAUGAACAUGACUCCUGCUCGUGGAUUAAUUAUAUAUGCUAGGCUCAGAUUCACUGUUACAGAUUUGUACCCAGAGCACUCGGGAUCAAUGUAAGAGAAAUAUAUGUUCAAAACCUUGACUUACCUCAUCCUGCCAGAGCAAUGUAGAUUCAGUGUGUGUUCACAGGCAAUAACCACCCGCAGUAGGUCUUGUGGCUGUUCACAGCUGGUACUGUGUCCACAUCCUUUUAGUUCUUCUUCCGUCCAGUGUCUGGAAAACACGCCCAAGAUCUGAUGAUCUAUGCAAAUAAUUUAUUGUCCUUCGAAAUGCAAUACUACGUCUAUCCAAGGGACACCUCACAUUCUGGCUUACACAGAUUUCUAGCGUUCUUUAUACCUUUUUGGAGUUUUUCCUAUUCCCCCCGACGUGUUCAUCUUUACUGUGAGCAAAAUGUUGCGUUAAAAGGGAACAGUUUCAUACCAAAUUGUUAAUAUGACUGUAGAAAAUGUAGACAUUUAAAAAAAAAGAAAAGAAAAUAAAGAAGAAUAUGGCGUACGUUGUUUAUGUGCAUGUAGAGUGUUUUCUAUGCACACCGUCGUUUCCAUCCUCUGCUGUUUUCGCCCCCGUCUCGUCUCGUGUUCACUUGCUGAAUCCGUUCUCUCCUGUUAAACCAUGCAACAGUUCAAAUCCGGGAGAAAAUAAAACUUCACAGAAAUGCCUUAGGUCUCACUGGAAGGGAUAGUGAAGUGCUUCUCAGAUUUGGUGCACUUGACCUCUGACUGGAAGUUGUUUUUUUUCCCUCAUGCACUGCUAAAAAAAAAAAAGAAUUAGUCAGAAUCAGAUUUAUGAAGCAAAGAAAUCUUUACAACUUCUAUUCACUAUUAUGUGUUCCUUCAUCAUCCCUUUAUUUGUAUCCAACCUACUGAAGAAAACCUGAGUGGUGGCUUACAAAGUCUAAAGGACUAUUGCUGCUAAGUUCGGAUUGUCAUUUUUAAACCCUAUAAUUGAAGGUCAUUGACUAUGUCACCUGGGACCAGUUUGUAACUCAUGUUCAACUACAUCCUCUCCUCAGUAAAGAUUCAUGCCAUGAUGCAGGUCUUUUGUUUUGAAACCCCAUAGCUACUUGGUUUGAUUUUAAACUUGUCAUUUUUUUUUUUUUUUUUUAAAUAAAACUU